AGGGUGAGGUGACGCGAUGGGCGCGCGUCCGAGUUGUGGUGCGAGCGUCGAGAGUCGCGUCGUGACGGGCGUACGUCCGAGUCAUGUCCCAAGGUGCGUGCAUCCGAUUCGUGGCGAGAGGGGCGGACAUCAGUAUUGUGCCGCGAGCGGCGUACGUUGGGGACGUGCCGCGCGGGGUGACUAUGUUGAGUCGAAGGGCGGCCGUUGCGUGUCGACGAGCGACUACUUUCUGUUGACGAGUGUACGUGCUGGGUCUCUCGGCGCCCUCUCUCGGGCCCCAGCUCCCUCCGAUCUCGCCCUGCAGGCUCCUGAUCGUACCUCCGAUGGUCUCGAUGGCGCCCCGAGGAUUCCUGCCUUCGUUCUUGUCUGGACUCCCGUCCGCGCUCCAUGGACUCUUUCGUGCAGCCUAAAGACAAGCCGCCACGAGUCGCAGACCCUUCAGCCCGCAGCCCUCGCACCUCUUCGUGGCCAGCAGAUCUCUUUUUGCGUCCUAGAGGCUCUAUCUCGUGCCCUUCCGUCUCAAGCGUGCGUCCCGACGCGAAUAAAGUCUUGACGCGGCGAAGGAGUCGGCUGAAGGUGCCGUCUGACGAGGGCGCGGCGUGACAAAAGGGGAAACAGCCCAUAGAUGCAGGACGAGUGGUUGUCGAUGAUUGACGAGCGUUGACAAUGGCGCCUACGGUGAGGUCGUUCCGAAGCGUCCGCAGGAGUUGAAACGUAUGCGAUAGGUACGCUCGGCGCGU